AUGAAACUUCAGACGCUGCUCCCGGCGCUGUUGAUCGCUGGAGUGUCUGGGCAACUCUUGACUAGUUCGACCCGCGAUGCUUCGAGCAUACUGAAGAACCGUGGAGGAUGGGUUAACCCAGAGGACUUGGCACCGAUGCCACAGUGCAUCGCGCAACAAGAUCAGUCCGCUUGGCUGAAUGCCAUGACAAAGUGCACCCGCCAUCGCUGCACUUCAUAUUUCGUCUUCUGCACGCACUAUCAAUGGCUCACUGAACUGAGCUGUCUGAACGCCGAGUUCUCACCUGACGUUGUCAAGGGCUACAGUAAAUACUGCAGCAGAUCGGUCCUCGCCAAGGCACAACUUCAUCACUGGAUUCAGACGACAACCGGUAGAAACUGGCUCGUCGACGUUGGAGACACAAAUGGCUUACAGAGCCUAUCACCCAAAAGCCUGGCUAACGGAUACGCAUCCAUAGACAUCGCCAACAAGGCACCAGCAUGCUUGAGAGAGUCCCCUUCCGCCGGAACUAAAGAGACGUUCGACCAUGUCAUCAGCUCUUGCAGCUUCACAGCAACGACACAGCAUACAGGCAAUCCUGCUCGUCCAUGGGGAUACAACAGCCGCCGAAAGUCCAUGACAGCUCUCAGCUUUGAUACCGCAAGCUACGACUUGAUUAGCAGUCACAUUGUGGCCGGAGGGUAUUUCGACAAAGCCUGUUUCUGCAACACUUUUACCAUGCCCCAGCAUGAAGAGCCAUGCGCAACAUCGAGCCCGAAAGAUCUAGAGACUCAGCGGCGGUGGAUGAACGAGACUUGUGAAUAUACGUGGCAAGAGCCGGCGCGCCUUCAACCCCGUGACAUGAUUCCCUGGCGAUGGAGGAUCUACCCCAAGUCCACAGAAGACAAUGCGCAAUGCCCUUCCAAUGAAUGGAAGCUGAUGAGUAUCGGCGUGAUCAACUUGGUGACAUUUUUUGCUAUACUGCAAGCUAAUAGUGCACGACGAAGUACAAGCACCAUUUCCCGUCCGCUGUUCUACGAUCCUGCCAGAUGGAUCCUGGCAGGAGUUCUUCUCGGAUGCAUCCACCUGUUCGCCAAUUUAGCCAACGCAACUAUUGUCCAGACCACCCCUGGCUACGAAGAUAUUCCCACCGUACAGCUCAUGUUGCUUUGGUGCUCGCUCCCUCGCCUUAACUGGCUUCCCAUCUCGUCCCACGGUACCAAAAACUCGAAAUUUCAGGACAUGACCUCCUCUAUGUCUGCAAUGUUUGCGGAAGCGAUUCUCCAAGCAUUUUCAUUCUACCACAUGUGCUGGACGGUAAACCAUGGUCGGAUUCAUGACUUUUACUUUGGGGCUUUGUCAACUGCGACGAGAUUACCAUUUGCUGCACUUAUGUUUGGCGGUGCACUUGCCUGGCUGUUCGUCGUGGCCUUGACGGCAGUACAAGUUAUCCGAACGAUACGAAGUCGAGACAAGCUUAAGGAGAAAGAAGAAGGUGAAUCGGGCGCGGAUGUAAAGGAGUCGACGGGGCCGAAGGAGGAGGAAUGUCUACUACCAAAGUCGCCCACGGGAUCUGAAGGUCACAGCUACGGUACCCUUCCAGCGGAAGUUGAAGCUCUUGUCCCGUCCAUGAUAGGUCAUUCACGACUUCACAUGACCAUGGCAAUGGGAGUGCCCCUCCUUUGGCUUGCACAGUGGCUAUUCUGGAUAGGAUUCAUUGGGCUGAGCUCCCAUGAUUUCUGUCUUCCAUCCCUAGAGACUCUGACAGGUGUUUGGUUGAUCUCCUCUGUGGGAAGCGUCGUCAUUAGAUGCUAUCUACAAGGUGAUUCAGAGGUUAAAUUCAACAUACGCGGUAACACCGGCGGUACACCCCUUUCAAUCUCAUGCACAUACAAAAACACAGAAGACGAUUUCGAAGCCCGAGUAAAUCUCCUCCCACGAAAAGAUGAAAACGUAUCGCCACUAGCAACAGUGAAAUACUCUCGCCACACCGCUGAGCUCGAAUUCACCAACACGUCUCCUCCUUCAAAUAUCAACAUGUACUACCGUCUUUUGGGCGAUAGAAACGCAACACAUUCUUUCAACGUCAGCGCCCCUCAGCGAACAAGCUUUGAGUGGAGGAAUCUUGGUGAUGGCGAGGGAUGGAAAUUGUACAUGGGCUCAAGGCCUGAAGUGUUGGCGAUAGGCGCGCUGAAUAUGGGUUCUGAUAAACCUACGCGAUUUGAGUUUACGGAUUUGGAGAUGGCGAAGGAAUUGGAUGAGCAGUGCAAAUUGGUGAUUGUUGCGUCGUGGUUGAGGAUCUGGGACAAGUGCACGGGCGAGUUCCCCACGUGUAUUGCGUGUCAGCGCCGUGGGGGCGAGUGUCACUACGCUGAUAUUGCCAAUGACCGUGAAAUGCACUCAAAUCAGCUCAAAAAGAGAGUCAAAGAGUUGGAGGUUGAGAAUAGAAGCUUUAGAAGGCUGUUUGAGGGUUUGAAGAAGCCUGGCGAUGGGACGGAUCAGGAGAUGUUGCGGAGGAUACAGGCUGGUGAUGAUGUUGGAACCGUCGUUGAGCACGCUCGAGUCCUUGGCGACCAAGCGAAGCGGAAGAGAUCCCCGGCGCCGAAUCUAAUGGCUAGGCAACGGCCAUCAGAGUGGACGACUAUCCGUGGUAUUUCGCCCAUUCACGCCUCACCGUCUCCCCUUCCAUCACCCCCAAUCGAUACACCAAGCUCGCCUAGAGAUGCUAUCUUGGGCCUCCUAACCCUCUCCCAGGAAGAGAAACCAGACCUUGUCCUGCUCAACGAAUCUCGGCCCAAAGAACACUGCGAUCUUCGCUUGAACGACCUUUCCGUCUCGUACUGGACACGUGUCCCGAUAAGCAACCGAUCUGCGUCGACGCUCAUCUCCACGUUUCUCGAGAGAGAUAACUCUGCCGUUGGUUUCAUCGACAAAGAUUUGUUCCUCACAGAUCUAGUACAGCAUAACCCAACAUUCUGCUCUGCCUUUCUCGUCAAUUCAAUACUCUAUCUCGCUUGCGUAAGCAACUCCCUUGUCUCCUUAUCUCCUUGUCUCCCCUCACUAACGCCCAAGCAGUUUGCCCACGCCGCAUCCGAUGGUAGAGCAGCUACGCUUGCACACAGCUUUUUCAACGACGCAGAGCGACUAUAUCGCGCGGAAAGAGUAUCUGAUAGUCUGACGACCCUCGCAGCCAUCAACAUAUUCAGCUUGGGGUGCUUCUCCCAUGGAAACGACAACUUGGGCCAGGAUCUCCUUUUAUCGGGACUUCAGAUGGGGAAGAGGAUGAAUCUCUAUGGUCUUGAUCCUACAAGCUCAGAGGUGAGGGGUUUCCAGGAUUCAGCAUCUGGCUUUUCAGAGUCACAAGCUUCUUGGGGGACUUUUAAUUGGUUGACGGAUGUGAACUCGAACUUUACUCGGUGA